CUCUCCUAAAUCUAUUUGCAGAUAACAUCAGGUUCAAACACUUACACCGUGGCCGUGUCCUAAACCUGAAUGUUAAAUGAUCCUAUUGGUAGUACAAUUCCGCAAAGAAUACUCUGGAGACAAGGGAAUAGGACGGAGGAUCCAUGGAGAAACCUUCGAAAAUCACUAAUCAAAAUGGAGACAUAACGGAGGUUAGCCCUUGUCCCAAAAAGGGCACGGUCUCGACUUUGAUCGAUUUGGCCGAGAAAUUGGUGGUUCGUACGCUCUAUGCCUCUGCCCAACCUAUGCAUUAUUUAUCUGGCAAUUUUGCUCCUGCCCAGCAUGAAACUCCACCGCAUGCAGAUUUGCCUGUUAUCGGUCAUCUCCCUAAAUGCUUGGAUGGAGAAUUUGUACGGGUUGGUCCCAAUCCCAAAUUUGCACCAGUUGCUGGCUAUCACUGGUUCGACGGAGACGGAAUGGUGCAUGGCUUGAGAAUUAAAGAUGGAAAGGCAACAUAUGUUUCGCGUUUCGUGAAAACUUCUCGUCUCAAACAGGAGGAAUAUUUUGGGUCUGCCAAAUUUAUGAAGAUUGGUGACUUGAAAGGACUAUUUGGGUUGUUGUCUGCAAUAAUAUACAGUUUACGUUUAAAACUUGGUGUGUUGGAUGGUACAUAUGGAGUGGGAGCAGGAAACACGGCCCUCAUCUACCAUCAUGGAAGGCUUCUUGCUCUGAAUGAAGGAGACAAACCUUAUGUGCUAAGAGUACUUGAAGAUGGGGAUCUACAGACACUUGGGCUGAUGGAUUACGAUAAAAGAUUAACUCACUCCUUUACAGCACAUCCAAAGGUUGACCCUGUUACUGGAGAGAUGUUUACAUUUGGCUACCAAUUCACUGCUCCCUAUGUUACAUACCAUGUUGUCACUAAGGAAGGUUACAUGCUUGAUCCAGUUCCAAUAACGAUUCCAGAACCUGUCAUGAUGCAUGAUUUUGCAAUAACUGAAAACUACGCAAUUUUCAUGGAUCUUCCUUUAUGUAUAAACCCCAAGAAUAUGAUGAAGGGAAAGCUUAUUCUUACUUUUGAUCAAACCAAGAAAGCUCGUUUUGGAGUACUUCCCCGAUAUGCAAAAGAUGACCUUCAAAUGCGUUGGUUUGAGCUUCCUAACUGCUACAUUUUUCACAAUGCCAAUGCAUGGGAGGAGGGUCAUGAAAUUAUUCUUUACACAUGUCGCCUGUUGGAUUUAGAUCUUGAAAUGGCUGCAGGACCUGUCAAAGAAAAUUUAAAAAACUACACAAAUGAAUUCUAUGAAAUGCGAUUCAAUUUAAAGACUGGAGAUGCUUCACAGAAGAAGCUUUCAGAAUCUGCUGUAGAUUUUCCACGUAUCAAUGAAAAUUACAUCGGAAGGAAGCAACGUUUUGUGUAUGGAACCAUAUUAGAUUCAUUGGCAAAGGUGAAAGGUGUUGCUAAGUUUGAUCUCCAAGCUGAACCGGAAGUGGGUAAAAAGCAAAUUGAGGUUGGAGGCAAUGUGAAGGGCAUCUUUGAGUUUGGGCCUGGAAGAUUUGGUUCUGAAGCUAUCUUUGUACCAAGAGAAUCUGGUGUGGACUUAGAUGAAGAUGAUGGUUAUUUGAUAUGCUUUGUCCAUGAUGAGAACACAGGUAAAUCGGAAGUUAAUGUGAUUGAUGCAAGAACGAUGUCUCCUAAGGCCAUAGCAAUUGUUCCUCUUCCAGCAAGGGUACCAUAUGGGUUUCAUGCUUUCUUUGUGACAGAGGAACAACUCAAGAAUCAAAUUUGACUGCCGAAAGCAUAGUCUCAAGUAUUUAUUAUGAUCCAUAUUAACUCAAUUUUAUAGCUUAUUGUGACUUUGCUUAAUAAACUCAAUAUAAAUAGUUUAAUUUGUAUAUUCGAUAGGAGGAUAUAUACAUUAUUAGUAAAUUAUGUGUAAUAUAUGGUCUAUUCUACUCAAAAGUUGACAAGGUUAUAACCUGUAACAUUUCUCAGAAAUGUAUAUUUAUUUUCGAUUGACAA